AUGUCGUCCUUGGGGCAUAUUUUGUGGGACCAGGCACAAAGAGGCCAUCGUACUGACUUGGAGAUUGUCGUGGGCGAGGCUGGCUCAAUAUUGACAGCUCACCAAAGCGUUGUGGCGGGUCGAUCUCCGGUAUGGGACGCAAUGCUGAACCACGAUAUGCGUGAAACCCAGAGCGCCAAACUGACCCUUGCAGACGUGGACGAGCAGUGUUUCAAGCCUUUCCUGUAUUUGCUGUACACGGGUGAGUUACCAGCUGACCUUGCCAAGCCCAAGCCCGGCUCGGACAGUGAAACUGACCUGCAAACCGUUUUGGGCAUGGUGGUCUUGGCAGACCGCUUUCAAGUCGCUGGCUUUAGAGAGGUCUUUGAGACGUGUUUGAGGCAGAUGAUACGGUUUGACAGCUCCAUUGCUACAGUCGCCAUGACCGGUGUGGGCCUCCCUGGAAGAGGUGAAUACUUCAGGUGCCUCAACAAAGCGGUCGUUGUUGCCACACACGGCCGAGAUGUUCUUGACGUCUUGCAGCAGGUCGAAACAAAAGUGUUUCGGCAUAUGCCAAGCGACACAAGCAGCAGUUUAGCUGCCCGGGCCCACAUCCUGUGGAGCUUGGCAGUGCGGAUCACGGUCGAGGCGAAGGUCAAGAAGGAUCAAGAUCGCUUCCUGUUUUUUACAGGUUUACUUGAUGAUUUGGUACAAAUGUUGCACGAGCUUCCGGACCGUGACAGACAGCGCAAGAGGCGGCGGUGUGAUGCGCCUGCCGAAUAG